AUGUAAUCAUUUACAAGGCAUCAAUAGUGGCUGCGAAAUUUUCGGUUAACUAGCGCCUUCCACACUGAGGAAAUUUCGAAAUUCUUAGACUGCAUUAUUGAAGCUCAGACAAGACAACUUAUCACGACAAAUCGCGACAAAUCCUUCAGUACGUUGAUAUAACUCCCAGCCGAAUCAAUCGAAGAUCAAAAUCGAAGUCUCUCGAUUCUAACAAAGAAAUUAGAAAUGUCGACGACCACCAAGAAGACCGGCGGCAAGACCCAAAGAUCCGCCAUCGCUGAUGUUGUUGCGCGCGAGUACACCAUCCACUUGCACAAGAGAGUAUGUCGAAAUUGCGAAAAAUAGGGAUCCGAAAAAGGGCGAAGGACUGAUUGUUCGUUUUUAGUUACAUGGUGUUUCUUUCAAGAAGCGUGCCCCAAAGGCCAUCAAGGAGAUUAAGGCAUUCGCUACUUUGUCAAUGGUAUGGAUAUCUAUCUAGAAGGAUCGAUAGAAAAAUACACACAAGGAAAACAAUACUGAUGUUGGUAUUUUCUUGAAUUAUAGGGUACCUCCGAUGUUCGUCUCGACCCCCAAUUGAACAAGAAGGUUUGGGAAGCUGGUAUCAAGGGUGUUCCAUUCAGACUCCGUGUACGAAUCUCGAGAAAGCGUAACGACGAGGAGGGUGCCAAGGAGAAGUUGUACAGUUACGUUCAGGCCGUCAAUGUCCAAAACCCCAAGGGCCUCCACACCGUUGUUGUAGAGGAUGCAUAAAUGAUCAAAAUCAAAUGGCAUGGGGGUAUUUCUGGAGUUGCUGCAUUUCUGCUUGCUAAGGUAGUGGAAAAUGAAAAGGUCUAACUUUCGAUACCUAAAUGCAGCCACUAGCUAUGGGAAAUAUUCUCAUGCACUUGUGAUAUUGGUCUGUGAUAUGAGGCUGGAAAAGGCAGCAGGGGUCUUUCCAAGGAGUUGGGAAAGUUACGCUUCCCCAGGCAAUGCAAAUGUGCAGCGGAAAUACCAUGCGACUACCUUUGGGUUAUUGGGACAUGCAAACAAGUGAUGCAUCAGACACUCCCCGAUAUCAUUUCUGCGGGCUUCGCAGUUUUUACAUUUCGUUGAGCAUAGGAAUCUUCAAAUCUUGAUAUCACUUUGCCAGAUUC